AAAAUCAAAGACAGGUGAGUUUGAUCAAGGUUGGAGCUAAACUGCAGUGGAUUGGACCUCCAGGAUAAUAUUUGAGGAACCCUGGUGUAGAUCCAUCUAACCAAACUAAACAGCAGGAACAGGAACAAGAACAAGAAAUUGACACAGAUUUGAGUUUUCUUCCAGCCAUAAGAUAUUUGCUCCAUCCGAAGCGAGGAUGAGUCACUCCAUCAGCCUCCUGCAGCAGAUGACCAUAUUCGUGACAAUAGUGACCGGCAGCGGCUGCACUAUGAUGUAUUACCUCAUGCAGAGAAAUUUUGCAAAAUCAGAGCAUUACCGUCUGGCCCUUGAACAGCUGAACAAUAAUGCCACCGCCAUGGCCAGUCUGGGCGCUCCUCCUCUAAAGAUACUCAACAUCCAUUUAUCUGACCGACACAACCGCGUUGACCACAGCAGCGCUCAGCUGAAGAUCCCAGUUACCGGGUCAAAGACUGGAGGUUAUCUCUACACAACUUCCACCAGAGACGCUCUCAUGAACAGAUGGCACCUCCAGCAAGUGUUUCUGAAGCUGAGGGAAGGCGAGAUUGUCGAGAUUUUCAAUGAGACAGAAUCUGAAGAGUAACUUCACACAGAAACAUUUCAUCAAUGUUAAAAAGGCAACAAACGCCAGACAGUUAGUAGAUGAUUGACGGCCUGUUUUUUUCUUAACUAAUGUGAUUAUGGCAUUUGCACACAUUUUUCUACUUUAAAUGUUUAUGUGUUUGGGAUGUAUGGAAGCGGUGUCAUGUGACUCACUUUAUUUUGGGGCAGCUUGGAAAUUGUUUUGAUUUGUUUAGUACCUUUUUUUGCUGUUUUAUGUGCUUCAUUAAAGAUGGAUGGUGUAAAAAUCA